UGUCGUUGGCUUCUCAAUUAUUUAAAACUCGCGCGCUAUUUGACCAGAUGUCGAAUAGCUGCGCAUUUGUCGUCUCAGAGCAGACGACAAAACCACGUUUUCGCUUCUGCCGGCUUUUUCCAGCAGAGCUAAGCAAGCGAUCCGCGCGUCAACUCGUGCUGCGUCACGAUCUUCACCUGCGGUUCUUUUUGUAACUUAAUUACGUUUUUAUUAAAGAAUUAUAAUUUCACUAAUUGUUGCUUUUCUUUCGCGCGUGUUGUGCUGUGUCCAAUUUAUACUAAACUAGUAGGAUAAAUCCAACAACUGUACGACAACCCACGCAGAUUUGGUUCACAACGACAGUCAACACCGUACCGCGCAACAUCAUGGCCUCCAACGCAUCGAGCGACACCACCAGCCUCCCCUCAACAUCAGACUUGCCAAUUCUGCGCCUCAACUCCACACCAGGAAGCCUAGAGACUGAUGAGUCCAACUUGGACUUUGCUGAGGAGUCAUCAGGGCUCGUCUUACUGAGAAAGGAAGAGUUAGAGUCGUUUCUCUCCACCCGCCGCAUGCAAGCAAUGCACCUGAACUCCGCCAUCCGACAAAUAAUGGACCUCGAGCAACAACUCUCAAGCGAAAGGAAAAUCCCUUCCACGGUCCCAAGCGCUUACGAGAACCAGAUGCAGGCUUUUGUCACGCUCACGAUGAGAAAUUGUGAAAAAGAAGAAGAGCUCAAGACCACCCUCGAGCAACUACGCGCCUCCCAGCAGGAAGUGAAAGAUCUCAAGGCUGAGUUGGAAGCCUUCAACUACGAUUGGGAUGAACUUCUCGCCAGUCACAAGAACUACAAAGCGCAAGCAAAGCUGGCUACCGCCUACAAACAUCUCUUUAAGGAAAAGAUCUCCGAGGUCUACCUUGCGCAAUCCGAAUUGCGCGAACCAUUCCUCCACCCUAAGAUGCCCAAAGGAUGUAUCAACUGCGGUCAGCAAGGACACAGCCAAUACACCUGUAAGGAAGAAUACUCCGGCGAGUUCUGCCAGAAAUGCUCUGCGCAAGGGUUCAACACUAAGGACUGCCCCUGGCCCCAUUUUGCCGAGGGAGUCCCAAAGGUCCCCGACAGUCAAAAGUGCCGCCGUUGCCGCCAGCCUAAAAAUAAACCAGAUCCCAAUUGCCCAAUCUGCAGAGACAAGAUCAUCGCUCAAAAUAAAACAAAACGCUACGACCUUGCCGUCAAACUAAAGCAAGAAUCGCUAGCGCAACUCAGCAACUACUCGACUCCCAAGCUGCACGACGCUCCACGCCCUCAGCAGGACAAAGUCCCAGUCGCCCGACCAACAGAGCAACCAAGCAUCAGUCUACCUGUUCCGCCCAGCGCCGAACAACCACCUUCCCGAGAUAAAACCCCUCCCCUGAAGCCGAUUACCAUGAACUCACCAUCAUCCGAUGACGACGCAGAAUCUUCGGACACCUCCUCUACAGGACAAGCCACACGAAGAGGCUAAUCGCGCUUGAGACUUUUUGUGUUUCCAAAGACAAUAUCAAAGUGCCUUUUAGUGAAACCAACUACCUCACUACACGCUAUAGCGUACAUUUUUUUAUUUUCUUUUGUUAAAAUUAGGUUAAUGCGCCGUUGCGCACUUCGUUAAUUACUUCAAGACCGAAGCGUCGUUACGCUUACCUCCUAUUGUUAGAUUAAUGCGCCGUUGCGCACUUCGCUAUUACUUAACACCGAAGCGCCGUAGCGCACAAUAUUAAGCAAGCAAUGAGCGAUGCCUCAAUAACAAUUCAAUUCAAAAAUUAUUUUUUUACAAAUCAAGAUAUUAUUUUCUUUAAGCUCCUCCAGCAAAGUGAUACUUUUGUCUCAAAAAUACUUUUUACUUUUGCAGAGACGCCCAAUAGAGCGAGAUCGCCAGGGAGGACGAUCAUUCAGACUGAGGAGCUACCGACAACCUCAUCUUAGAAAGGGGGAAUUGUGACGACCCUUGUCGACCCCUCAUUUUUUAUAUAUAAUAAUGACGUUGUCGUUGGCUUCUCAAUUAUUUAAAACUCGCGCGCUAUUUGACCAGAUGUCGAAUAGCUGCGCAUUUGUCGUCUCAGAGCAGACGACAAAACCACGUUUUCGCUUCUGCCGGCUUUUUCCAGCAGAGCUAAGCAAGCGAUCCGCGCGUCAACUCGUGCUGCGUCACGAUCUUCACCUGCGGUUCUUUUUGUAACUUAAUUACGUUUUUAUUAAAGAAUUAUAAUUUCACUAAUUGUUGCUUUUCUUUCGCGCGUGUUGUGCUGUGUCCAAUUUAUACUAAACUAGUAGGAUAAAUCCAACAACUGUACGACAACCCACGCAGAUUUGGUUCACAACGACAGUCAACACCGGUAAGUCUGAUUGAUUCUCUUCUUGACUCGCUCGCUUGGAUCUCUGCGAGGCAUCGCUCGUCACAAUUUUUAUCCUUUUAUGUUUCUCCCGCAUAAACUGUGGAAAUCUCAACCCUGUGCUCCCGAUACGAGACGGACUCACGCCGCGUAUUCAAAUAAUAUUAAAUUUCGUGUCC